GGGAAGCACCCUCCCGGCCCGGGGGCCAGGUAGACUUUGACGUCAGGAUGUCUGUCGUCGUUUUGACGUGCAAAACGCUCAUUUCCAUUCCGGAGACCGAGGGGUCUGGGCGGCCGCGCGGAGCCGGGCAGCCGCGCAGCACCGAUCCGUGCCGCGCCGAGCCGAGCCGUGCCAAGCCGUGCCGAUCCGAGCCGAUCCGAGCCCCGCCGCCCUUCCCAGGCGCUCGCCUAGCAACGCCGGCCCGCUGCGGCCAUGGACGGGCUCCGUUGGUGCGGGCGCUGCGCGGCCCUGGCGCUGCUGGCCGCCUGCUGCCUGCCCCGCGGCGGCGGCGCCGGGCGGCAAUUCCUCAACGAGUGGGCGGCCGAGGUCCCGGCGGGCCCCGACGCCGCCAGGGACAUCGCCGAGGAGCUGGGCUACGACCUCGUGGGGCAGAUUGGAUCACUCAAAAAUCACUACCUAUUCAGACAUAAAAGCCAUCCAAGACGAUCUCGAAGAAGUGCCAUUCAUAUCACUAAAAGACUUUCUGAUGAUGAGCGGGUGUCAUGGGCAGAGCAGCAAUACGAGAAAAAGCGAACUAAGCGUGCCACCAUGACAGACUCAGCAGAGAAUCUUUUCAAUGAUCCUAUGUGGAAUCAGCAGUGGUAUCUGCAAGAUACAAGGAUAACUCCAUCCCUUCCCAAACUGGAUCUCCAUGUUAUUCCUGUAUGGCAAAAAGGGAUUACAGGCAAGGGUGUUGUCAUCACAGUAUUAGAUGAUGGCUUGGAGUGGAAUCACACUGACAUCUACACUAACUAUGACCCAAAGGCAAGUUAUGAUUUCAAUGACAACGAUCACGAUCCCUUUCCUAGAUAUGACCCAACAAACGAAAACAAGCAUGGAACACGGUGUGCAGGAGAAAUUGCAAUGCAAGCCAACAAUAGAAAAUGUGGAGUUGGAGUAGCCUACAAUUCCAAAGUUGGAGGUAUACGUAUGCUGGAUGGAAUAGUCACUGAUGCUAUUGAAGCCAGUUCAAUUGGUUUCAAUCCAGAACACGUGGAUAUUUACAGUGCAAGCUGGGGACCUAAUGAUGAUGGUAAAACUGUUGAGGGACCUGGGAGACUGGCACAGAAGGCUUUUGAGUAUGGGAUAAAACAGGGCCGAAAUGGAAAAGGCUCCAUUUUUGUAUGGGCUUCUGGGAAUGGAGGUCGUCAGGGUGACAACUGUGACUGUGAUGGUUACACUGAUAGUAUCUACACUAUCUCCAUUAGCAGUGCUUCUCAGCAAGGCCUUUCUCCCUGGUAUGCAGAGAAGUGCUCUUCAACUCUGGCCACAGCAUACAGCAGUGGGGAUUAUACUGACCAAAGAAUUACAAGUGCUGAUCUUCACAACGAGUGUACAGAGACUCACACUGGGACCUCUGCAUCUGCACCACUGGCAGCAGGAAUUUUUGCUCUGGCUCUGGAGGCAAAUCCAAAUCUAACAUGGAGGGAUAUGCAGCACCUGGUAGUCUGGACCUCAGAAUAUGAUCCACUGGCUGGCAAUCCAGGAUGGAAAAAGAAUGGAGCGGGACUGAUGGUAAACAGCCGAUUUGGGUUUGGACUACUCAAUGCCAAUGCGUUGGUGGAUUUAGCUGAUCCCAAAAGAUGGAAAGGUGUACCAGAAAAGAGAGAGUGUGUUGUGAAGGACAAAAGCUUUGAACCAAGAUUAUUAAGAGCAAAUGAGGAAGUCAUCAUUGAAAUUCCCACAAAAGCCUGUGAGGGUCAAGAAAACUCAAUUGCAUCCCUGGAGCAUGUGCAGCUUGAGGCAACAAUUGAAUAUUCCCGUAGAGGUGAUCUUCAUGUCACCCUGGUGUCUCCAUCAGGGACCAGCACUGUCUUACUGGCUGAGAGAGAGAGAGAUAAAUCUCCCAAUGGCUUUAAGAACUGGGACUUCAUGUCUGUUCACACAUGGGGAGAGAAUCCAACAGGCACCUGGGUAUUAAGAAUUACUGAUGUGUCCAGAAGAAUACAAAAUGAAGGAAGGAUUGUAAAUUGGAAAUUGAUUUUGCAUGGCACUACUACCCAGCCUGAACAUAUGAAGCAGCCACGUGUAUACACAUCCUACAAUGCUGUGCAAAAUGACAGAAGAGGAGUGGAGAAGAUGACAGACCUCAUAGAGGACCACACCACACAGGAGAACCUGAGUGAAAAAAACAAAGUCACAGAAGAUACUAGUAGUAACAGUGACAAAGCAGAAGAUAAAAUCCCAUCAGAGGCUAUGCUACACUUACUGCAAAGUGCUUUUAGCAGACAGAUGGCUGAGAAGCGACUGCCAAAGAAGACUGGAAGUGAGAAGUUAAAUAUUCCAUUUGAACAUUUCUAUCAGGCCCUCGAAAAAUUAAACAAGCCCUCCCAGCUAAAAGACUCAGAAGAAAGCCUGUACAGUGACUACGUUGAUCUUUUUUACAAUGCCAAACCAUACAAGCAUAGAGAUGAUAGACUGCUGCAAGCCUUGGUUGACAUCAUAAAUGAAGGAAACUAAACUAUAGGGUAUGGCACUGAGUUGGAAAUAUUCGUUCUCCCCACCCCACCUCCAUUUUUAUUUUUUUUCAGAAGUCUAUUGUAUGCUCUAGUUGUGUAAUUGCUGCUUUGAUUGCUUCAUAUUUAACACAAAUAUCAAGGAAGGAAAAAAACAGGUGUGGGAGGAUAAGGCAGUAAACUCAUGCUUUUUAGUAAUAGCUUUUUUCAAAGACUUUCUUCAUUACCAUCAGAGUAGAUUUGCCCCCUCAGGCAUGAAAUGCAACAGUAUUCCCCUGAAAAUACUAAUGCUCUAUUUUAAACAAUUUUCACGUUACUUAUUCUUCCACCCUAUUUCCUUAGCAUGAAGUAGGAUUCAAAACCUGAAUUACUAAGCAGUUUUGAACUGAACUGCCAAAGCUUUGGGGAUAUACUCUCAUCCCUGGAAUUGUAAUGAAUGGUGUAGUCUUUCUUAUAUUUGGCAUUUAUUCAAGAUUUAAUACUUGCAGCAAGUACCUCUUCCCUCACAGUUGUUUUUAUUUUUUAUUUCAUUUUUUGUUCCUUUUCCAAACAACAAUGCACUCUUACCCUUCUGUUCUCCUGCAAAGGAGCAGCUGGGAAACUGGAAUUGGAUUGGAGCAUCAGUGAACACUGAUGAGGUUAUUAAUGAUUUAGACUACAGACAGACAUACUCUAAUGUAAAAGAGCUCCAAACAACACAUUCCAGACCAUGGGGAUUCUCACCACCGAACUUAAACUGCCUAAAUGAAGUGCCUGAAUUAUGAGCUUAGUUUUUCUAGGCUGUAUGUAGCUAAUGAAGACAGAUAGCACUUAAGAGCACUUGACUAGUUUUUGCACUGGUUCUGAAUUACCUGCUGGAGUACUCAUUUAUUUUUAUUGACUGGAUGAACUUUGGGGAAACAAUCUCUUACCUUUGGAGCCUCGGUUAGAUUUCUAAAGUUGAGUAAUAUAAAUGCCUCCUAAGAUGUCUACAUCUGCAGCAAUCAGGGCAACAAAGCUAGGAUCAUUUUACCCCUUCCUUAAACUGUGACCAAAGCAGUGUAGAAAGGGAAAUUAUACCAGCAGAGAACAUCUAAUGAGUGCAUUUUGGAGUAUCUGUGGUGAAUUGUAACAUUUCCCAAAUAUCUAGGAAGGUAAGGCAAAAUGAAUUGGGGGGAGGGGGAAGGAGGUGUAUGAAUGAAAAAAUACCCAGGAGAAGGGAGUCAGAAACGGAGGAAGAAACUGCAUGGGUUGUGAAGGAGGGAGAGGAAAAGAAGGAAGGGGAAAGUGAAAGAGGAGGAAACGGAGUAGCUUCGGAGAGCAGGAAGGGCAGGUUGCUGCCUACCUUUAGCAGUCAUAAGAGACUAAAGAUGAAAAGUGAGAUGACAGAGGAAAAUGCAAAAUGGUGAGAACAUGGUGAGACCCUUUCAGAAUAUAAUAAAAGUAGUGAAGGGAGAAGCAGUGUGGCCAGAAAGGUCUAUCACCCUAUCCCAAGUGGAAAAAAUUAUACAUGGUAUCAUAUACAGUAGAAUGAUAUGAAUGGCAUCAUAUGGCAUCUAAUGACAGUUUUCCACACAUACCUCUUUAAAGUUGGAGUCAAGAUUGACUUAUUGUUUUGCUGUUCAUAAUUAAAAACAAACAAACAAAAACAGCAAUGUAUGGCUGGGUGCUCAGAAAUAGGAGAGGAUCUACUACAAGGAAAUGAAGUGUCUCAUUGCAGUGCUAAAGAUAAUCCAAGCAAGUGCUGACUAGGUUUUACUUUUCUCCCUCUUUCUCAUCUACCGUUCAAAUGUAGAAAUGUAGAAAUGUAGACUAGACAUUUUCCAGACAUUCUAGAAAAAAAUGUUCCUUCUUCACUGUCUAUUCCUUAAAAUGAUCCAACUUUCUCUUAAAAAAGAAAUUGAAUAUUUUGUUCAUAAUUCAUCAGUUUGGAUAGAGAUUUUUCAAACUUCACACUAAAUUCUGUAAUUUCUGCUUGAAGGCAACUUUGAAAAUUAUCUUACCAAACUUAAGAUUUAAAAAUCUUUGCAUAUUCAUUUGAUUUUAGUAGGUUCAUGUCUACCUGGGGCUCAGUCUGUGUUUUUGCCAGCUUUAGAUAGAUAUGGCUUAGUUGAUUUGAAGAAUUCUUCCAUAUUUAUACUCCAUGCUACAACAAUAACAACUGCAAGAGUGAAUGUCUCUUAAACUUAAACCGCUUGCUCUCUGCUAAGAAAUUUACUUAGAACAAGAAGUGAAAAAAAAAAGUUACUGAAAUCAGAAAACAUUUUUUUUUAUGUUGUCCCUUCAACACACAAGCUUUCUGGCAAUACAUAACUACUGAACAAGCAGAAUGUUAAAUUGCUGCUACUGGAGCAGUUAGUGAGAGCACUAACUUACUUCCACUAAAAUGUAAUUGUCAGAAUUGGGAGUUUGUCUCUACAAUAAAUAUUCCCAUUUGGUGAGAAAGGACCACUGUUAGUCCUGUGCAGUGAAAUUCAGGGGCUGGUUCUGUCAGAUAGUGGUGGUUUUUGCCAGUUGUCAAUCCAGUACGUUAAAGUGAGGAAAGUACUACAAACACUCAAAUCAGCCUUUGAAAGAAGUUUUCAGAUAUAGAUGGGUGGAAUACAUAGGACUUUGUUUUAAGAUCAGUUCCUAUGUUGUAGCCAAAGUUUCAUAAGAGGACAACUUUAAAGUCUCUCUUUUGAAUGUUUCCAACCCAGAGUAGACUGUACAGGAGUAAAUUAAAUUAUUUUUAUUGUUAGUCUUUCCUUGGUGCCUGUGUGGGUUCUGUGAAAAAUGUAAAAGGAAAAUAAUGUUUUCUCUCAGAAUUUUAAAUUAUAUUUUCUUUACAGGUAUUUAUAAUGUAGCAAAGAUUUUACUGAACAGACAGAAUUUUAAAAGGUAUAAUAAAUUAUAUUGAAGAACCAGAUUUUUCUUGGGGAAGAGACAAUUUCAUCCAAUAAAGGUAUUUUUUAAAAGGCAUGUUCCAACAGCAACUGCAAUAUGUAUGUGAUGUGAUGUUAAAAUUUGUCUACUAGUAGUAUAAUACAGUGUGUUAGCAGAGCUCAGAUUGUGUGGUCUUAACAUUUGUAAAGAAAACAAUAAGAUAAUGUCAAACCACUGCCUUAAAACAACAGGGAAAUACAGUUUAGAAUUGAAAGCAAGAGCUUGAGAAAGUAAUGAGGGGCUGGGUGAAGAAAAUGUGCAAUUAUUGAAUAAGAAGAACCGCAAAGGAUUUCUCCACAAGGAGGAACACUGCACCUUGCACAACUGCAGCUGAAGUGAGGUUUGCUGCUGACAGCAGUGGUAUCAGUGUCUGUCUCCCUGGGUCUGAAACACAGAAUUGUGCAUGUUUCACAUACAGACGUGUCUGAAGCACUAAAAUGACAUAGCAGAGAAGAAUCAGUCAUGGGGGCAAAUUAAAUAUACAGGUCUUCAUUUUCUUGCAUCGAAGUCUUACUAGUUAAAAAUGCCAUUUUUUCCCCACUGCUCACAUUUCAACACAGUAAAAAAGAAGCCCCCAUGUGCUGGCAGUGCCUGUGGAGAAUGGCAUUUCAGGGGGAGAUGUUAGCUGCUCCACACCACAUUGUGCCUCCUGCUCUGUCUGCCCCUCUGCGCCCCGCGGUGGGUGCUCGUGGUCCAGGGACGAGCCAUGCCAUGUUCAGCAUGCAGGUCUGUGGGGACCACCUGGCCUCUGUGCACAGCCUGCGGUGUUGGGUGGGCUGCUCUGGUCAAUGAUGAUGCCCAGAGAGAUGAAGCCACCCCUGCAAAACCCCCUUCUCCCUCUGUUAAGUGUGGUGCCAGGGAGAACACUGCGCAGAGAGGGAUGAGUCUCUGCCUCCCAAAGCCUUACCCUCAUAGGGACUUAGGAAUCGUUCUUAUACUCGCACUGAGUUCACUUAUCGAGUCUUGGGUAACUACUGCUUGCCAAGCAAAACCUGAUUUUUCUGGAUUGUCAAAGUACUACUUGUGCUUUCAAUAAUCUAUGUUUGCAUAGCAGAAAUAUUUUUAGUAAAUGUGAACAGAAAAUACAUUUGUAAGGUAGCAUUAAAGAAUCGUGGAAUCAUAGAAUAUCCUGAGUUGGAAGGGACCCACAAGGAUCAUCGAGUCCAACUCCUGGGUCUCCAAAUGACCACCCAAAAAGUCAGACCAUGUUUCUGAGAGUGUUGACAAAAUGCUUCUCAAACUCUGGCGGGCUCGGUGCCAUGACCACUGCCCUGGGGAGCCUGUUCCAGUGCCCGACCAACUCUUAGUGAAAACAAAGAAAUCUAAAGUCUAUAUUCAUGUAAUAUUAACCUAUUUCCACACUAAACAAUGUGUUUUCUCUUAAUUUGGCUUGAUUUUUAAAUGUCAUGUUGCAUUUGAACUUUCCAAUGUUAGCUGUUUUGAGUUACCAAAGCAGGUAUGUCACAGCCCCAAACUCAGAGAAUAAGGAGUCAAAGACUGCAUCCUCUUUCUUACUUCUCCUGAAGUCAUUUGAAAACAAUCAUAAGCAUUUUCAGUGUAAAUAAAACUAUUU